UCACUCACUCACACACACACACAACCACACACAUAACACACACAUUUAAAUACCCUCAUAGGAAGACUUGCUGUAGUCAAAUUGAGUCCUCACUCUCAAUGAUACCACCAUGGGAUGCUCAGGGCUGUUGAUUUUGGGCUUUGUCCUAAGUGUGUCUCACUGCUUGGACAUGUUGGAUAUGGAGGAGGACAUGGAGAUUGACCGUAACGUCACUGGAAUCCUUGGAGAGGAUGUCUUCCUCCGCUGUCAGUACCUGGGACCGAAUGACAUCACAGAAGCCUCAUGGAAACGCCCAGACUCUAGAAUGAAACGAUCGAUGAAGAAAUUAACAGGCUACAAGAACAACAAGGCUUUCAGCAAAGACCCAGACUUCUCCGCCCCAGCCUCUCCCACCAAUCUGACUGUGAAGAUGAGGGUGUCUACUCUUGAGGCCCAGGGGGAGUACACAUGUGUGUUCGCCACCGAUGAAGAGGAGAUCGCUAACAGCAUGUUUCUCACUGUUCUGGCUCGACCUGAUAUCUACACAGUGGUGACAGAGGACACAGACAACGCUACCCACUACCAGUCAGUCACAUGCUCAGCUACCAAUGGUAAACCUGUGGCUUUGAUUCGCUGGGAGAUCAACGGCAGCCCUCCUACUGACGACUCCUCUGUGGCGAUGAGGAACACCAGUUAUACCAAUGGCACUGCCACUGUGACCAGCAUUCUCCGCUUCCCCACCCACCUACAGGACCAGGACAGGGUGACCUGUGUGGUCCAGCACCCAACCCUGCCUGACCCCACCACACAUGUCACAGUGAGGGUGGAGACCUUCGUGGCUCCCAAUGUGACCAUUGAGACAUACCUGGUUCUAGAGGAAGGGGAGAAGUGCUGGGUGGUCGCCUGUGGUGCGGCCGGAGGGCGACCCCGAGCUGACAUCACCCUGGUGCUGCCCAAUCAGGAGGCCAGUUCCAUGCUACAGAAGGAGGUUGUCAUGGAUGCAGCAGACACAUGGGUCAGGUCAUACCGCUUCCCAGCUGAGCUUCAUGAAGGGGAAAACAUCACCUGCCUGUUUGACCACCCCAAGUUCCCACACGGAGAGCUUCGGACCGUCACUUUGCCGGCAUUCUCUCUGUCUGCUGUUCGGCUGCAGAACCCAAGGUUGGCCGACAGCAACAACAAGAACCAGGCUGUAGAGUCAGUGGUUCUGGAGGAAGGACAGAGCAAAACCACCAUCGGGCUAGAGGUCGUUGGGGAUGUACCACGUUACAGUAUAGUAUGCACCAAAGAAGAGCAGUCUCUCCCUGAGGGUGUGGCAGUAUUUGGCAGUGCUCUAACCCUGCAGGGUCCUGUCGAGCUCUACCAUGCAGGGCUGUAUGAGUGUGAGGCCUCCUACUACAGCCACAGGGCAUCUGUACUGCUGGACAUUACCGUUAACCCACAUGUCAAGCAGCCUGUGACUGUUCCUCCAAGCAUAAGGAUUGAUGUCCAGGACAGACUGGGUGACAGAUUCAUUGAGUGCCUGGCUACAGACUCCGUCCCUGUUGCCAAUGUGUCCUGGGUUCUACCUGAGGGUGUGUCUGGGCCCUCCUGGUCCAGUCUCACAUCCCAUAAUGGAACCUAUUCUGUCAGCAGUGUGUUAGUACUGCCUGCCUGCUCAGCCCAGGAGCUCAAUAUGGAGUGUGUGAUAGAUCAUACUGUGUUUGUGUUGCCAGAGAGAAGACAGAUAACACUCCCUGUGUGUGCUCCUCCUAACAUCACCAUCCAGUCCAGCUCUGAGUGGGAGGAAGAUGUAGCAUACACACUGGUGCAGUGCACUGUGGACAAUGUUGGACCUGCUGCCACCAUCUCCUGGAGUCUUGGAGACUGGGACAGUGACAAUAGUACCAGUCAGCUCAUGGAGGUGCAGGAGCAGCAGGUUCACAGGCAGCCUGAGCUCCAUGCCAAUGGCUCUGUGACGGUCCGUAGUGUGUUGAGGUUCCCCACUUCCAUGUUUUCUGGUCAGAAUGUCACCUGUGUGGUGGAUCACCUGGGUCUUGAGAAGCCAGAGAGAACAGGGAUACUGCUGCGUGGACUGGAGUCCCCUGUGAUGCGUGUUUUUGUUGGGAGGCAGAGGGGAUCUCCUCUGUGGCUGGCUGUCUGCGAGUACAGAGGGGACAGGCUUGGAGCACACCUCUCUUGGGUUCUACCUGACAACGCCACAGGCCACAUCUCCUUCCGCUCUGGGUAUGAAGGAGUGAGAGUGCUAACCAACCUCACCUAUGAGUUUUCACUGGCCCUCCACGAGGGACAGGACCUGAUCUGUCUCAUUCAAAAUCACCAUGGACUAAAGGAGAGGAGGACAGUCCAUGUCCCCAAAUACUACAUCUCAUCUGUCAGAGUACUCAAUCAAACCACUCCCCUGUACAAACCUUAUGGAGACGAGUCCGUUAUACAUCGAAUGUCCCUAAAGGAGAAUUUCCACAACCAGAGGAUCCUGCUCAAAGUCUAUGGCAGUGUGCCAACUUAUAGCCUUACCUGUCAGAGAAAUGAUGGCACAUUGGUCCAGAUGGAUGGUCGGGCUCUGUUGUUCCAUUCAGAGGUCACGGAGCGGGAGGCGGGCCUCUACACCUGCCAAGCCUCUUUCUACCACCAUCAGGCCUCGGUCCUCAUUCAAGUGGAGGUCACUAGUGAAGAUAAACAGCUCAUGAUUGUCUUCAUCGUUGGUUUCUCCUCGGCUGCAGCCAUCACGAUCCUCCUCAUCGUCACUAUGUGUGUUUUCUGCAAAAUAAAUGGAGGAGAACGCCUAACAUCUAAGGUCUUUAUUCAACAUUUGAAUGUGCUUUGUACCCCUGUCUACUAUCUUCUCUGGUCACUGAACUCCUGUAAGAAGCGGGAGUCGCUGGCACCCUUGACCUCUCUGACCCAGGAACUGUGCUCUCCAGAGCUCAGGAAGGGAAAGACAGCAGUGACAGUACCAGGAGGACGAGGCCAGGAGUACAACCAGCUGCUCAGCUACUCUAUUGUCAUUGAUGCCAGAUCCACUGUGUAAAUGACAGGGUGUGUCCCUACUGGCACACUAUUACCUAUAUAGAGCACUACUUGUGCACGGUAUAUGGAAUAGGGUGCCAUUUGAGACUGAAUUAUUUUAUUUGCCAGUUAAAAAAACACAUACUCACAGUACAUGCAUUUAAAAAACUUGACCAGGAUAUCAGAGACUUUUGGUCCCUAAAUUCCAUGGUGCAAAAACAUUACAUAGAUACAGAUACAUUACAUAGAUGGACUCAUGACAUGGAUCAACUUUUUUUCUUUUUUCAAUUUCUCGAUCAUUAGCCAGAUUUUGACUUUAGACACAACCACGGGCUUCUACUAUAUGUUGGAGUCCACGCUACAGUAUUCUGCAUCGCUCUUACGUGGUGCAUGAUGCAGCUUCUCCUAAUGCCAAGUCAUUCAAAUGCAUUAUUUUGUGAAUUUUUCAUCAUUUUUAGUUUUGUUUAUUGGUAUAUUUCAUGCAUUGGUGUUUUAAAUAAUUGCAAUGUGUUGUAAAGAAAUGUAUUGUAAAACUCAGAAAUUACGUUGAGCGUAGCUUCUAUUUGUUUGACUGUUUUGUAUUAUGCUGAACUUUAAAAGGUUAUUCAUUUUGGUUAUCUGAUGUUGUAAAAUCUGGAGCAUUAUCAAUAAAAGUAGUGUAAAUGUG